AUGUUCAAACUCGCCCCCUUCGUUAUCGUUUCAAUCUUUGCUUCCUUGGCCCAUGCGGGGAAGCGGGGUUUGGCCUGGCCCUACUACAACUCGCCUCUUGACCCCGGAGUUUUUAACAACGGCGAUGGCUCUGUGGUAGCAAUUUACGACUAUGAGACCUAUGCACCACCCUCGACGAACGGCGAUGGUGGACUUGGCUUUAUUGGAAUGCAGCGCUGCCUCGACUGCGAUUCAUCACCGGUUGCGCAGCUCGCGUCUCGCGCGGCGGCUCAGGGAUGGGCAACAGUUUUUCCCUUAAAUGAGCCAGAUCUUCCGAGUAGCGAUGCGGCCACCUCUCCAUCAGACGCUGCACAAUGGUAUCAAACCAACAUCAACCCUCUCAACAUCAAGAAGAGCCUUCCAGCGGUAACUUCAAGCGUAAAUGCAGGCGAGGGACUGGACUGGUUGAGCUCAAUGAUUUCUGCGUGCGCUGGCAACUGUCAGUACGACUAUAUCAACCUGCACUGGUAUGGCAACACCUUCGGGGAUUUCCAGUCAUAUGUGGAGCAAGCGCACAAUGAAUUCCCGAACACGAAUAUCGUCGUCACCGAAUUUGCCUUGCAGAAUCCUCCUGGCGGUCAGAACGAUCAGGUCGCCUUCUAUCAACAGGCGUUCCCCUUUCUCGACGGUCUUGACUACGUCACCCUCUACUUUCCAUUCGUAGCCACCAGCCCUAGCCUACUAAGCGCCAACGACCCGAACGCUGUCAGUACUGUUGGUACAGGGUCUUGUUUGUACACAGAUGCAGGUCAACCGAGUGCUGUAGGAAACCUGUUGUUCUAG